AUGGCAAAGAAGAAGCAAAGCGUGAACGCCCUCAAGCCUAAGAAACAUCCAGUGUCUCGCUCUGCAAGAGCAGAACUCCUGUUUCCUGUUAGCCGUAUGGACCGGUUCCUGCGUAAGGGUAACUACGCCCGGCGUCUGACCUCCUCAACUCCUGUUUUCCUGGCUGGCGUCCUCGAGUAUCUGGUCUCCAACAUCCUAGACCUGGCUGGCAAAGAAGCCCACAACAAUGGCAAGAAAUACAUUCGCCCAGAGCAUGUGAAGAAGGUAAUUCAAAGAAAGAAACACCUGAGACUCUUCUUUCAAGAUACAAUGCAAACUCUAAAUGUUGAGAUGCCUAAACUGAAGAAGUAA